GUCCAGCUGCACUUCUCUGAAAAUCAGAUGCGCUCAGCUUCCAAUGCCAGUUUAGUCAUUGAAGCUGCUGCCAACUCCUUCUGUGCUGUGAGGGCAGUCGAUCAGAGUGUGCUGCUCCUGCAGCCUGAGACAGAACUGUCUGCGGAAAUGAUAUACGGCCUGCAUCCUCUGCAAGACUUUCAAGGCUACAUCUUCAAUGGGCUCAAUCUAGAAGAUGACCCCCAAGACCCAUGUGUCUCAUCUGACAACAUCUUUCACAAAGGAUUGUAUUACACACCUGUAAUGUCUGGAUUAGGCCCAGACGUAUAUCUGUUCCUCAGGGAUAUGGGCAUGAAAUUUUUUACCAACUCAAAGGUUCGGCAACCAGUUGUGUGUACUGCAAGACCUCCACCAUAUUUCCUGAAUGCAGGAUCCAUGGCUGCUGCACACCACAUCAAAUCGUCAGCUGAAGUUGCUAGAGAGGAACGUGGGAAGAGACUCAUCCUUGAGACUAUUCGGGAAUUCUUCCCUGAAACUUGGAUUUGGGAUAUAGUCCUAAUUAACUCUACUGGAAAAGCCAACGUGUCAUACGCUAUCCCUGACACCAUUACCAAAUGGACGGCCAGCGCCUUCUGUGUGGAAGAGGAUAUUGGAUUUGGUAUGUCUGUGCCUGCCACUCUGACAGCCUUCCAGCCUUUCUUUGUGGACCUGACCUUGCCAUACUCUAUUAUCCGAGGAGAAGAUUUCCUGCUCAGAGCCAAUGUCUUCAAUUACCUUGACCACUGCAUUAAGAUUAAUGUUUUGCUGUCAGAUUCCCUUGAUUAUCAGGCCAAACUCAUUUCCCCAGAGGAUGAUGGAUGUGUAUGUUCCAAGCAAAGAAAAACCUAUGUCUGGAAUAUUUUUGCUAAAGAAAUUGGUAAUGUCGUAUUCAGCAGUAGUGCAGAAACCAAAGAUGAUGGAGCUUGUGGAGACAAAGCACCUAGGAACAUCAGUAUUGACUACAAGGACACCCAGAUCAGAACACUGUUGGUUGAGCCUGAAGGCAUCAGAAGGGAAAAGACCCAAAACUUCCUAAUCUGUACAAAAGAUGAUGUGGUUAUUCAAGAUGUUGCUCCAGAUCUACCUACACAUGUGGUGAAAGGAUCAGCCAGAGCUUCCUUUUCUGUUGUUGGUGACAUCAUGGGCACUGCCAUGCAGAACCUGCACCAGCUCCUCCAGAUGCCGUUUGGCUGUGGGGAGCAGAACAUGGUCCUGUUUGCACCCAACAUCUACGUCCUGGACUAUCUGAACAAGACAGGGCAGCUGAGUGAGGAGAUCAAAUCCAAGGCCAUCGGAUACUUAGUGAGCGGCUACCAGAAGCAGCUGUCAUACAAACAUCCUGAUGGGUCCUACAGCAUCUUUGGCACCAGAGAUAAAGAAGGGAACACCUGGCUCACUGCCUUUGUGUAUAAAUCAUUUGCACAAGCUAGUCACUUCAUCUAUAUUGAUGACAAUGUCCAGGCUCAAACCCUGAUGUGGCUGGCAAGCAAACAGAAGCCAGAUGGCUGCUUCCGAAGUGUUGGGACACUCUUCAACAACGCCUUGAAGGGAGGAGUAGAUGACGAGCUGUCACUUUCUGCCUACAUCACCAUUGCCAUGCUAGAAGCUGGGCACUCCAGCUCGUACCCUGUAGUCCGAAAUGCCUUUUUUUGCCUGGAGACUGCAUCUGAGAAGAAUAUCAGUGAUGUUUACACUCAGGCACUCAUGGCCUAUGCUUUCUGCUUUGCUGGCAAGGCAGAAAAUUGUGAAUCAUUCCUUAGAAAGCUACAGAAGUCAGCAAAGGAAGUUGCUGGCUCACAGCACUGGGAGCAGGAGGACAGGUCUUCAUCAGAAAAAUCCCUCUCCUUCCUUGAUCAUGCCCCAUCAGCCGAAGUCGAGAUCACCAGUUAUGUCCUGUUGGCAUUGCUCUACAAACCCAACCAGAAUCAAAAGGAGCUCACAAAGGCCUCUGGGAUUGUGCAGUGGAUCAUCAGGCAGCAGAACCCCUAUGGAGGUUUCUCGUCCACCCAGGACACAGUCAUUGCUCUUCAAGCCCUCGCUGCUUAUGGUGAGGCCACCUACAAUUCUGUUACACAAAAUGUAGUCAUGAUCGCUUCUGAAAAGGCAUUUGAGAAGCUUUUUAUUGUCAACAAUACGAACAGGCUCCUGUUACAAGAGACUCCCCUUCCUGAAGUCCCUGGGAAAUACAGCCUAACAGUGAAUGGCAGUGGAUGUGUACUUAUGCAAACAGCACUGAGAUACAACAUUCACCUUCCAGAGGGGGCCUUUGGAUUUUCACUUUCAGCAAAGACAUCAAAUGCUUCCUGCUCACUGGAUCAUCUGGCAAAAUUUGAUAUUGUCCUCAUAAGUAGUUACACAGGGAAGCGCAGCAGCUCCAACAUGGUCAUUAUUGAUGUGAAGAUGAUCUCUGGUUUUGUUCCUGUUAAGUCUUCCCUGGAUAAGCUUGUUAAUGGUCAUACAGUGAUGCAAGUAGAAACCAAGAAAAACCAUGUUCUCCUUUAUCUGGAAAAUAUCUCACAGAAGAAAAGGAAAGAAAUAGCUUUCUCAGUUGAGCAGGACUUUGUAGUGACCCAUCCCAAGCCAGCUCCUGUGCAGAUCUAUGAUUACUAUGAAACAGAAGAGUAUGCUGUUGCUCAGUAUACAUCACCUUGCAAAGAGACUGCUGCAGAAAUGGACUAA